UGGCACGACCGGGGACGGCGUGGCCGGGGGCGGGGCGCCGUGGGCUCGGCUCGGCUCGGCUCGCUCCCGGGGGCGGCGGGGCCAUGCGGCGCCGCGCGGGGGUCUCUGCGCUCCUGGGCGCCGCCCUCCUGCUGCUCCUGCGCUGCGGGACCGUCUCCUCGGCCGCGCUGCGCGGCAGCGUGAAGGGGGGCAACGAGAGACCCAUCAUCGGUAUUUUGUCACAGGAAUGCCACUUUAAGAAGUUCCACAAGUUUGGAAGUUCGUAUAUUGCUGCUUCAUAUGUUAAGUUUUUGGAAUCUGCUGGUGCCCGAGUUGUGCCAAUAAGAUUAAAUCUUUCAGACGAAGAGUAUGAUAAACUAUUCUACUCUAUUAAUGGGGUACUUUUUCCAGGAGGUGGUGUGGAUCUUAGGACUUCAAAAUAUGCCAAGGUUGCUAAGAUCUUUUACCAGAAGGCAUUAGAGGCUAAUGAUAAAGGAGAUUAUUUUCCAGUAUGGGGAACGUGUCUUGGACACGAAGAGCUGACAUAUCUCACAAGUGGUGAAAUUUUACUUGUUAAUACCAACACAGAUGGUUUCGCAUUCCCUCUGAACUUUACUUCAGCUGCAAAAAACAGUAGGUUAUUCAAGAAUUUCCCUGAUGAUAUAUUACAUGCAUUUGCUACUGAGCCAUUGACAUCCAACUUUCAUAUGUGGAGCCUCUCCAUGCAGAAUUUCACAAAGAAUGAGAAGCUACGUAAUUUCUAUAAUGUUCUGACCACUAAUACAGCUGACGAACUGGAGUUUAUAUCUACCAUGGAAGCAUACAAAUACCCAAUUUAUGGUGUCCAGUGGCAUCCAGAGAAAAAUGCUUAUGAAUGGAAGAACUCCUCAGGAAUUCCACAUUCCCCAUUGGCUAUAAGAGCAGCAUAUUACAUGGCUGACUUCUUCACUAAUGAAGCCCGGAAGAACCUGCACAGCUUUCCCACUGAAGAUGAGGAAACAAAAGAGUUGAUUUAUAAUUAUACUCCGACUUACACAGGACCAUUUUCUUCAUUUCAACAAGUCUAUUUUUUUGAUUGAAUAUCUGUUCAAAGGUGCAGCAUUGCUAUUUGUAAAAGGAAUUAUCUGCUGGGAUUUCAUAAUUAAGCUGAUAUAUUACACUGCAGCUUACAAUGAUUUAUCCUGUGUUUCUUCUGCACUAUUGGAUCAUUAAUCUAAAAAUUUACAUUUGGUAAGAUAAUAGUUGUCCUGGAUCACACUUACAUACAAGCCACAGAAAAAUGAUUUUUUUUUUCUCCAGGGAAGGAAUUUUGAUUAUGCUUAUAUAUACUUUCCAAUAAAAAAUUGGAAAACAAUCAGGUUUAGUAAAAGGAAAAAUAUUCUAUUCAUGUAUUUCAAAAUACGGGGUUUAUCUCUGUAAAGGGUUGUAGACUAUGAUAGCACUAGUGGUUUUGAUAUACUGCUUAGUACUAUUCUGUUCUCUUAAAACUAUGUAAUGCAAGAGACUUCUGAUCUUGGGCUUGUUGUAAAUAUGUAUGUAACCAAGUCUUGACAGGGACUAGUUUGUCAUUUGAAAAAAUGAUAAGAUGGCAAGGAAGCAUUAUAGCAAACAGACAUAAAAAGGACAUGUUAUAUCCCAUUCAUGAAACUUUCUACUGUACAUUCAGUGUCUGUUUUUGGAGAGCUUAUAUCUUGUGAGGUCUACAUGAGCACGAGAAUGCAGUGUAGAUUACUCAUUGCAAAUACCAGCUAAAAUAAAUUUGGAAGGCGUAAUUAAGUGCUGAUUCCACUUUAUACUCUUCUCAAAUUCAGUUUCAUGAAUCCUCCAAGAAUCUGUUUGAGAAUAGCUGGAGUCAGCAGACAGAUAUGAGAUGAAGACCUCCAUUUGUGCGUAUUUAAAAGAACGUCAACCUAACUUUCAGCUGUUUCAUCAUUUGUACUCUGCAGUUACUGGAUGGAAUUCUCACUUUGGUUGAGUCGGGGGGAGUUUGCCAUUGACUUAGUGGAGCCAAUAGGUUCUUUCUCUUUCAUCAUAGAGUUUAAUGCAGCUGGAGUUCAAACAGCAGAUGAAUGUAUCUGAAAAAUCUAUUAAUGUUGACAUAAUGUGAUAAUAGCAGUUACAUUCAGUACACUGUGGUGCCCUUAUUUUUUUGCUCUUCUACAUGCUUAGUGACAGUUUUGUUCAGUGGUUUUGUGUGGGGUCCAAAAGGGAGCUAAGAUGAGACAAUUGAAUAUAAUUUUUCUGUAUUGCACAGCUUCCAAACUCUGUUAACAUCAGUGGGAAUUUGGAGUUUACGAAGAAUUCAGUUUGUACCUCAGCUCUGUGUUUGGCAGUACCUUGCACUCUGAAGUACCACAUCUGAAUAAAGCUGGUACAUUUCUCAGGUCAUUUAAGUGAAGGAUUCUCUAACUUAUUCUUCAUAACCAAACAGCUGCAACGACAAAGUGAAUGUGAAAUGCAUUAAUUAAAAUAGUGUAAGUAUAAAAUAGUAUAAGGAAAAAUAACUGUAACUACUGAAAAGACACUGUUGGGUGAUGACAAACUUAGACAUGCGAUAUUACAAAUUUCUGCAUUUGCCUCAUCAGCCAAAUUCAGUAAAUGGAACUCUUUUUAAUAUAAGUGACUUUAUUGUAUUGUAUUGUUAGCUGGUUCCUGUGUAGAACCAGUGUAGAAAGAGGAUCAUGGUCUCUAGUUACAUAUAGAUAUAGCAGCUGAGAUACUUACGAACCAAGGCCAGUCUUGCAUUUCUUACUCAGGUUAAGUUCAUCAGAAUCUCUCUGAAGAGUUUGCCUGAGUAAGGAGUGCAGGAAUUAACCUUAAUAACAGGGACCAAUCUUGCACGUGAAAUGUCUGCUAAUUGCAGUGGUAGUAAUCAGUUCACAGGUGUGAACAGUUCACAACUAUGAGGUGUGUAAUGUGACCAGAGAACAGUGCUUAUCCGUGCUAGUCCAUAUUUCAUGAAUUUGUUUGCAUCUUUCCUUGGUAUCCUUUAUUUUGUAAAGCCCUGUUUGAUGGUAUUGGUGAUUUUCUGUGAUACUUGAAAUAAAGUUUAUUCAAACAUA